AUGAUCUACGAUCAACUUGUUAAAGACUAUUCCAUUACGUAUUCGCCUUCGAAUCACAUUGGUUUUCGAUACAAGAAAAUUAAUAAGCGAUCAUCAAUAAUGGAUUCUCCUGGUCUAAUUAAAUGGAGAAGUGAAUACUUGGAUGCUAUAUCUAAAUUUAGAGAUGAAGGAAGACCGAUAUUUUAUCUAGAUGAAACAUGGUUCGAUACCCACGAUACUGCUCAAAAAUGUUGGACAGACGAUUAUAUUAAAUGUGCACCCAAUUAUCCAAUUAAUAGAGGUCAGCGAAUAAUUAUUCUAAACAUUGGAUCCAAAAAUGGCUGGCUUGGAGGGAAAAGUUUUUUACUAUCGGCAAAAAACAUUAAAGAUUCAAAGCUGGACUACCAUGAAAAUAUGACGAGUAGCUUGUUUAAGGAAUGGUUUGAAAAGAAGGUGUUGUCAAAUUUGCCUCCAAAAAGUGUAAUUGUAAUGGAUAACGCAACGUAUCACAGCGAACAAAUUAGAAAAAUCCCCGGUGUAGGUUCGACAAAAAACAGAUAUCUGAUUUUUGUAUGA